GACGUGUUCUUCCAGCGCCACGUCGUGAGGAAGUGUCGGUCCCCUCGAGCGGUUGAGAGGUGCUGGCGGAGACUGUCAAGGUUACCUGGUUGGUGUAUAAUUGUUCUGUGCUUCUUCUGCUGAGGCAAGAACUAUGUCAUGGAUCAAGGAAGGAGAGCUGUCGUUUUGGGAGCGGUUCUGUGCCAACAUCAUAAAGGCAGGCCCAAUGCCCAAACACAUUGCAUUUAUAAUGGAUGGGAACCGUCGCUAUGCCAAGAAGUGCCAAGUGGAGAGGCAAGAGGGUCACUCACAGGGCUUCAACAAACUGGCUGAGACUCUGCGUUGGUGUUUGAACCUGGGCGUCCUAGAGGUGACGGUCUACGCCUUCAGCAUUGAGAACUUCAAACGCUCCAAGAGUGAGGUAGAUGGGCUAAUGGAUCUGGCCCGGCAGAAGUUCAGCCGCUUGAUGGAAGAAAAGGAGAAACUGCAGAAGCAUGGGGUAUGUAUCCGGGUCCUGGGUGAUCUGCAUUUGUUGCCCUUGGAUCUCCAGGAGCUGAUCGCACAGGCUGUGCAGGCCACCAAGAACUACAACAAGUGUUUCCUGAACGUCUGUUUUGCUUACACAUCCCGUCAUGAGAUCAGCAAUGCUGUGAGAGAGAUGGCCUGGGGAGUGGAGCAAGGCCUGCUGGAUCCCAGCGAUGUCUCUGAGUCUCUGCUGGAUAAGUGCCUUUAUACCAACCACUCUCCUCAUCCUGACAUCUUGAUACGGACUUCUGGGGAAGUGAGGCUCAGCGACUUCCUCCUCUGGCAGACCUCCCACUCCUGCUUGGUGUUCCAGCCUGUUCUGUGGCCAGAAUACACAUUUUGGAACCUCUGUGAGGCCAUCCUGCAGUUCCAGAUGAACCAUAGCAUGCUUCAGCAGAAGGCCCGAGACAUGUAUGCAGAGGAUCGGAAGAGGCAGCAGCUGGAGAGGGACCAGGCUGCAGUGACAGAACAGCUGCUGCAAGAGGGGCUCCAGGCCAGUGGGGACGCCCAGCUCCGACGGACACGCUUGCACAAACUCUCAGCCAGACGAGAAGAGCGGGUCCAAGGCUUCCUGCAGGCCUUGGAACUCAAGCGGGCUGACUGGCUGGCACGUCUGGGCACUGCAUCAGCCUGAGUGAGGCUGGCCUCCUGCCACUUUGCCCUGCCCUCUGCCUCCAGGGCCCCACUCCCCUUUCUUUUCUUGGUGAAAGGUACCUCCCUCCUGAUGAUGAAUUGUGUUUCCUUUGCUUGGCAAGGGAGCCCCGGAGGCCAGGUUUGCUGGCCAUAGAUAUCUUUGGGCUGCCUGGGACAGUGCCUCUGGCGAGGGUUGAGGGUGAGAGUCUCUCACAAGUACACUAAACCCAAACUCUGAUCCAGGUCAAACUCUGAUCACAAAUAGAUUCAGAGAGCAGAGGGCCCCAGCUCCUCCAUCUUUGCCACCUCUACCUGUACUCCUAGGUGCACUUUCUUUUUCCACCAGCACAUCCUUCAACACAAAGAAUUUCGGGGAAGAGUUCUCCCCAAAACCUUAGCCCUUUACCCAUCCAUCUUAGUCUUCACAAAAGAUGUGGACCCACCUUGGAUCUGCUGGUAAAUAGCUAGUAGGCAGCCAGCGUUAUUUAGGCAAGGAAGGGGAGGGAGAGACAGAAAGAAAAUUUGCCCGUCUGCUGCUCCUCCCCCUUGGCUCUCCACCUGGGAUUUGCUGUUGAAUCUCUACCCCCUCCCACCACACAGUGCUGACUGCUCACUGAAAGCAGCGACCCCAGUGGUGCGCGGAAGCCAGGCGGGUGAUUACAAUCCAAUUACCUAUUGUCGACUCAGCCCACACAAGCUUUUCUCCUCCUCUUGCAGGGCAUGGGGCCAGCCUCCACUCCCCAGUGAGACCCGUCCCCUCCAUGGCUACAGGGUAACAGAAGACCUAUAGGCCCUGGUGAAUCUAAUCCAGCACAGGCCACCUUCCCUGGAUCACAUCAGGACCAAGAGCACAGAAACAAGCACUUCUCCCAACUGACUGCCUCCUGCCCUCAGCAUCUCGGACUCUGCUUCCCACCUCUACAGCCUUUGAGGCUUUUCUCAGCUUUUGACCUGUCCCUCUAAGUAGACCGUGAGAUGAUUUAUUCCCAGCAUGGCAGAGUCUCAGCUUGUGAGGGCCAAGGUUGCCCAGCAGGGAGAAGAGGGCCGAGUCAAGGGCCGUGUCCUUUUCCUUACCUCUCCCUGCCAGGCCUCGCUGCAGAGCUGCUGAGAGGAUUAGUGCCUUUGAAGAGCUGUCUGAGCAGCUCUGUGCUUCAGGUGCCCCAGAGCAGCAAGCACCAGCGGGUAAUACCAACCAAAGGCUACUCUGUUUAGUCUUCCCGUUUUACUUUCUGCAUACUGUUUCCCAGCACCUCCCUCUAGGGGAGAGGUAGGAUCUUGCAAGCAGUGCUAAGAGCAUAUUCUUUAAAACCUCUAACUUCCCUAUACUCCAGUCUCCUCCCCUUUCUGUGCCUGGAUACCUGGCACAAGAGACCCUUUGGCCAUCAUCCCUGCUCCCAGAAUCAAACAUAAAUGCCCGGCACUGCGAUUGAGAAGCCAAUCAAUGCGCCCUUUGGCAAGUCCCCCCCUCACACAUCUGGCACUCCCCACUACCAAUCCCUGGCACAGGGUUCCCAGAGAGCAGGUGCUGUACAUUUUCCAGCUUUACAAGGGGGCUGUUGACAGCCUUAAUUAGGGAGGCAUGAAUUAUGUGGCUAUAAUGCAGAGCCCUACAAUUAAGGCGGGAAUGAGGGGCUGGAGGCAGCAAACGGAAUCUGCCCUGUGAGCGUGGUUGUUGAGUCCUGUCUCCUUUCUGGAUCUGACUUUCCCUACUAUGAUUGGGGUACAGCAGAGGUGAUUAAUAGGGCUGGUAUCUUUGGCCUGAGGUCCUGUAUUCUGGGAAAUGUACACAGUGGGGAGGGGUGAAGAGUGGCUGCCUCAGGAGGCAGUGUAAGGGGUGGAAAGGAGAAGAGGUGGAGGGAUCGCUGCUGCUCAGGAACAGGGGCUGCAAAUAGUUGAUAUGAACUCGCAGUGAUUGCUUUCUACCGGUGUGAUUUGUACAAACCAGCUCAACCCUUGCCUCAAGAAAUUAGGUGAGACCUUUUUAAAUGUCCUCCCACCUGUGAGCCAACCCCCCCAGUUGAGGAUAUUUAUCGUGUUGCGUUCUCUCGGGUGUCAAAUAGAAUUUUUUAAAUUCUUUCUUAGAUGUAAAACUUGUUUGCGAGCAGUGCAACAGAAGAUUAUGUUUUGCUGCAGCAGUUGUCUACCUCCCUCAGGUGCACUUGGCUACCUCCAGGAUCCCUAGCUUUGGGGGCGGGGGGGGGAGCCACUGGAAGAGCCCUUUUUCCAUCGCAACACCUGUACCUCUACUUGUUUCCUAAUGCCCGUACGCUUUCCUCCACCCUCCUUUUCCCUCGCGCAAGUGAAAGGAAGCCAGCCAGCCUGCCAGUGUGGAAGGAGGGAUUUCGCCAGUUGCGUCUGCAGCGCCCAGGGUUGGUGGCUGCAUCGGGUGAGGGCAGCUGAGCUUCAUGUCUCCGAAGCGGGUAAAGCUUAGAGGGAGGGGAGUGCUAGUAGGCCUUCUUGGCGGCCACUCUCCGUCAUUCGGUGGCGGGGUUCUGAGGUCCAGGAAUACAAGGACCUAGGAGAGCCAGCCACCCGACAGGCUUUGGGGGGGCUUCGUUGGUGUUUGGGGAGGCGGCUGAGCAACGGGUGCUGAAAGGACAGCUCCUACCUGCCCCACUGCACCCGAAAGGCACCUCUGCGUGUAAAGUCUCCCCCUGGAACCCCCACCCCACCUCGAGUGGACCGCCUUCCAGGUGAUGUGCCCGAGAGGCGUCCUCCGAGUGGCAGCCUGGAAGGAUGCACGUCUGGCUGCGCCGAGCUGGCUUCCCCGCUCUUUCCCCACUUCAGCGUCAGCCUUGGCCCUGGGAACUGCAGCCUGUGCCUCCAAGCCGCGCGCUUCCUCCCGCCUCCGGCGGAGAAGGGCAGUGCGGCCAGGCCUAGCAAACCCUUCUUCUGGGGCCCCCAGCGGGAACAGGAAGGAAAGCGGCUGAGAUGCGCCCUAAGUGUCGCAUGGCUUGGAGAAGUGGGUAGCUCGGUUGCAUAAGGUGGAAGGAACUUGGUAGUUUGGAAAAGCCAGCUCUUGGCGGGAGCCGAAGCCCAAAGCCCGCCGAGUUGCACCACCCUCCCUCAUUUAUUGCCCUCGACGCGCGCCUCCCCCACUGCGCCCCCACCCCCUAGGCGCGCCGCCGUCUCGCGCGCCCUCCCCCUCAUACCCCCCUCCUCACUCCCUCCAGAGGAGGUGAGUUUAAACCCCGCCCACGUGACCCCAGCUGGGCCAAUGAGCGGCGGCGGGAGGUGAAAUCCGGUUCUAACCGGUCCGGGGCUCCCAGCGCUAUAAAAACUUUAUAAACCCCCCGGAGCCCGAGCAGUGUGAAGAAGAGGCGAGAGCGACCCUUGGACUGGCCAAAGCCGCGCGCCACUGCAUCCCCGUGUCCAGCGCCUACGUCCCGCCGCCGUCGCCACCAUGCCCAAGAGAAAGGCUGAAGGGGAUGCUAAAGGAGAUAAAACCAAGGUGAAGGAUGAACCACAGAGAAGAUCUGCAAGGUUAUCUGCUAAACCUGCUCCUCCAAAGCCAGAGCCCAAGCCUAAAAAGGCCCCUGCAAAGAAGGGAGAGAAGGUACCCAAAGGGAAAAAGGGGAAAGCUGAUGCUGGCAAGGAUGGGAAUAACCCUGCAGAAAACGGAGAUGCCAAAACAGACCAGGCACAGAAAGCUGAAGGUGCUGGAGAUGCCAAGUGAAGUGUGCAUUUUUGAUAACUGUGUACUUCUGGUGACUGUACAGUUUGAAAUACUAUUUUUUAUCAAGUUUUAUAAAAAUGCAGAAUUUUGUUUUACUUUUUUUUUUUUUUAAGCUAUGUUGUUAGCAUACAGAACACUUCAUUGUUGUUUUUUGGGGGAAGAGCACAUGUCACUAAUAGAUUGUCUCUGAAGCUGGAUUGACAUGGGGAAAAAAAAAACCUUUCCCGUCUGGUUUUGAGAGACUUCCUCUUGGUUCCCAGGAAGGAGGGGUUCCUUGAUAUUGACACACAGUAGCCACCUUGGCACAAAUGCCUUGUGGUGUGGAGAAACGAAAAUUAGUUUUUACGUCCUCUUCUCCCUCUCCACCUUCAGCAUAGACUUGACUCCCUUAACCCAGAGACCUGUUGGAACCUGACCCCCCAAAAUUGGUUACCAGUAUGUCAGGCAAUCUGGACUUUGCAUUGUCACCAUUGAGAUGGUGUCCCUCAAAAGAGCAGCGGUUCCUUUUUUAGAUUGUGGAUCUUCAGAUUGAUACUUUUGCCAUUUUCAUUUCCAUUUCCUGAAAGUCAGGGUCGGCUUGUGAAAAGUUGUUAAACAACAUACUAAAUGUGAAAUGUCAACCCUCACUCUAAACUUUCCCUGUUCAGAGCAUCACAUGAAGACUUAAUGGGGUUUUAUAGUGGCUUUCUGAUUUUGGUAGUCCAUUGCAAAAGGGAGUUUGAAAGUUGUUGUAUACUGUUAACGAUUGUCUGCCCAUGUCCUGCCUGAAAUACCAUGAUUGUUUAUGAAAAGUAUCUUUAAUAAAGCUGGAUACAGUUUGACUUGGAA